AUGAAACAAUCCGAUAUUAUUAGAAUUCGUUGCUUUAGCAGACCUGGACUACAUAGUCCUAGACGUGAUGAUGCAUCUACCAUAGGCAGCACAUUGAAAUCUGUGAUUCGUGGACACAUGCAGCCAUCCAUGAAAAUUCAUUGUGCAGAUAAUGAUGAGCUAUCACAAAUGCCAAAUGAUAAACGCGAAAAAGAUAAGCACAAUAAAGAAAAUCCAAGGGAGAUAGCUGUAGGGAAAAGCAAUACAUAUUCAUCGAGAAUCAAAGCUAACACGGUGUUCACUACUAAUGAACGUCCAUUAACUGCUCAUGAAUAUGAUAGCAAUCAACCAACAAUUCAUAUCCCUAACUCUUCUAUUGAUCCAUCAACUGAUAUUCCUUAUCUGUACAAUGCUAGCCGAAGAGUAAACCGAAAAACGAAAGGCGCCCAUCACAAACACAAUACAGAAAAUCCAAGCGAGAUAACUACAGAGACAAGCAGUACAUAUUCACGAAGAACCGAACUCGGUGCGGCAUUCACUACUCAUGUGCAUCAAUCAGCUACUCGUGAAUAUGAUAGCGAGCUACCGUCAAUUCGUGUUCCUAACUCAUCUUAUGGCCCAUCAACCGGUAAUGCUUCUCAGUACGACACUUACCGAGAGAAGAAAGGCGACAACCGAAGAUAUCUUGGUUUUUAUUGGUGCACAUGCACACCUUUUUAUGCAAUUUUGUCUAUAAUUUGCUUUUUACUUAUUGGCUUCGCAAUCGCUGGACUUAUCGUUGCAUUAGUGGUCCAGCCCAAUUCCUCAAAAACAACAACGGUUUCUGCAACUACUCUGAGUUACUUUAUAUCAAAUGCCAAUAUGGUAACAAAUGGAGAUGGUGAAACAGGUAGUUGCGCGAUUAAUUCAGAAGUUGUUAGUCCUCCAGGGUGGAACUACAAUGGAAACAUCACACAAGUCUAUUACAAUGAUAGUAUACUUAUCUAUGGUGCACCGGCAUUUUAUGGCCCUGGAGCUGCAACUACUGAUAGAGGUAACUGCCUUUUGUAUGGUCAAGCAACAAUUAUUGCAUCAAUGUGGCAAACAAUCAAUUUGACUAAUUAUGCCGAUUCAGCUCUUAUCGAUACAGGAACAGUGAAAUUCAAUCUUUCAGCCUGGUUGGGAGGCGUUUCGAAUCAAAAUGAUUCAGCAACUGUCUUUUUGAGUUUCACUGAUCAGGCCAAUCAAACGAUAGGUAGCAUGACUAGUAUUGGACCCGUUCUCGAUACUGAUCGAGGAGGCUUAACAGUACUUAUCUUUCGACAGACAAGUGGACUGGUACCAGUUGGCGCUCGUUCUACGAGUUUGCUCGUUACUUUUGCUUGGGCACGUGGAGGUUAUAAUAAUGGGAUUCCACCCAUGGUUGAAUCAUUCACUCUCUGGCGGCUAUCACAAAUACCAAAUCAUAAACGCGAAAAAGAUAAGCACAAUAAAGAAAAACCAAGUGAGAUAGCUGUAGAGAAAAGUAAUGCAUAUUCAUCAAAAAUCAAAGCCAGUGGGACAUUCACUACUGGUGAACAUCAAUUAACUGUUCAUGAAUAUGAUAGCAAUCCACCAAAAAUUCAUAUUCCUAAGUCGUCUAUGGAUCCAUCAACCGAUAUUACUUCUGCGCACAAUGCCGCCCGAAGAGUAAGCCGACAAAAGAAAGACGACCAUCAUAAACACAAUAUAGAAAAUCCAAGUGAGAUAGCUGUAGAGAACAGUAAUACAUAUUCAAUAGGAACCAAAGCCAGCGGAGCGUUCACUACUGAUGAACGUCCAUUAACUGCUCAUGAAUUAUCAAAUGCCAACAUGGUAAUAAAUGGAAAUGGUGAAGCAGGUGCCUGUGCGGUAUACUCAGAAGUUAGUAGUCCUCCUGGAUGGAUGAACAGUAGAAACAUUACCCAAAUCUAUUACAAUACAACUUUUCUGUUUAAUGGUGCGCCGACAUUGUCUGGCACUGAAGCUGAAACUACUGAUAGAGGCAGCUGUUUCUUCUAUGGCUAUGAUGCGAGCUCCGUUUCUAUAUGGCAAACAAUCAAUUUGACUGAUUACGCUGACACUGGUCUGAUUGAUAGUGGGAGUAUCAAUUUUAAUCUUUCGUCUUGGUUAGGCGGCGUCUCAGGUCAAGAAGAUGGUGUUGUAGUCUCGUUGACUUUUGCUGAUAAAAAUAAUCAAACGAUUGGUAACAUGAGUAUUAUCGGACCUGUUUCCGAUGCUGAUCGAGGAGGUCAAACAAUACUUCUCUUUCGACAGUUCACUGGUAUUGUCCCUAUCGGUGCUCGUACAGCAACUGUAUUCGUCACGUUUACUAGGUAUUUCGGAACCUAUCUUAAUGGCUAUGCCGAUAACAUUGGCGUCUACUUAUAUCAAUGA